AUGUUUCCCGUUACUAGAUCUCUUAAAAAUUCUGUUCAGAAAACAGCGAUUUCUGCUAGAUUUUUUUCAUCGUCUAUUAUUGGUUUAAACCAGGAUACUAAGCCUUCCAAGCCUAAACAACCUGAGGAGGGUAAAAAUAAAAAGACCUUUAAAACUAGAUCAACUUCUCGAAACACGUCCUCAGACACACUCAAAACAUCUCUUGCUUAUACUCAAAAAAUUGAUGGUUCCAACUCAUCUGCCCCAGUCUUUGAGAUCGACCCUCUUCUUUAUCCUCGUUUUGAAAGCACUCAGACCUAUGAUCCCUUCGACUUUUCUUUGACCAGCGUCAAGAUGAAGCUCCAAGCCAACUACAACGGACCCGUCAGUGAGAGAUCUUUUGGUGACAUUAAAGAUCCUCUUGACCUUUGGAAGCGACCUGAUAUUCUUAACGAAUUUGUCACUCAUAACGGAAAAAUUGUUCAGGGUGCGGUUGUUGGUAACAAGGGCAAGACUCAUAAGAGAAUAAGCAAGGCCAUCAGAAGAUCUCGUGCUGCCGGCCUGAUGCCAUAUUUCCACAAGUCUAGCUUAUUCCAAUAA